AUGACGGUGUGGCUAUGUGAUAUUCAGGACUACGACAAGGUCUCUGUUCGCACAUACGGCGAAUGCGUUCUAUGCAAUCGUCAUCUUUGUGCGAAACAUCUGGGACCAAAUCAUCACACCUGCCCAAGGUGGGAGGAGGAGGCCGAAUAUGACUCCGCCGCUAGGAAAGCCGAAGGAGAUGAGAUCACCAAACUUUUUGAUAAGAUCAACAUUUCUGCACUCAUUUCUCAAGCCUCGGCUCUUCGGGGAGGCCUCGCUUGUUCCAUUCCCCAAGGCCUUAGAUAUGAUAGAGCAACACGAAGCUCCGUUAUGGGGGGAAUGAAUUAUCAUAUCGAGAUAUCAUUUGCUGAUAGAAUCAGUUGGCUAGCGCGUAUUCGAAGGUCUAACGCUACUUCGCCGCUAGCGGAGCUACGAGAUUAUAUUUUGCGCAGCGAAGUCUCAACCCUAUAG